ACGCAGGGACUGAACCACUGCAACAAAGACAAGCAAGCUACAUUGCUAUAGAAACUGGCUCCGCCUUCCCCGCUAAAUCGCUCAUUAGAUCGCUAUCUCGCCUACGGCGCCAUCUAGAGGCCAUGGAUUCGCUCAGCAAUGGAGCGCAGUCCCGGAUGGAGGCGUGACGUCAGUAUGAGCGGGAGCCCGAGCGGGAGCUUUCUCUGAGCGUUCCUAGCAAGCGGCACAGAGCGGCCUGUAGCAGAGCACACAUGGUUGAAGAUGAAGAACGAAAUAGCCGCCGUGGUGUUUUUCCUCUCCAAACUGAUCAGGAAGAAUGAGAAAAUAAGGAAGGAGGAGGUUGACAGGUUCUUGGAGGAACUGACGAGGCUGCUGUAUGACAAGUUUGUCAAUCACUGGUACCCAGCUACGCCAACUAAAGGUCAGGCAUACAGAUGUAUCCGUGUCAACAAGUUUCAAGGUCCUGAUCCUGACCUCCUGAAAGCUUGCCUGAACAGCAGCCUGGAGUAUGAAGACCUGGGACUGCCCAAGGAAUUCACUUUAUGGGUGGACCCAUGGGAAGUGUGCUGCAGGUACGGAGAGAAGAAUCACGCCUUCCUGGUGGCAAGUGUUGAAAGUAAAGUUAACGACAAGCUGGAAAUCUCCGAGCAUGUUUCCCGUGUACUGGAUAAAGUAGUAACCUCCGAUUACCAUUCUGGAUCCUCUUCAGAUGAUGAAGUCUACUACAGCAGCAGAAAAGCUCAGGCCGGCCACAGCUUCAUGGGCGCAACUAACACACGUCAGGUUCCGGGAGUCCAGCUGCAGUCAGCUCCAACAUGGAAUAAAUAUCAUAAGAGAAAGCAGUUGCCCCAAUAUCACUAUGACCAGCGCAUGAUGUUGGGUUAUCUGCCGCCACCAAGGGGAAGCAAGAUGCACGGUCAGAUGCCGUGGCUACCUCCAGCCUUUCAGAAUGACCGCAGCCACUGGACUGGGCUACCUUUACUCCCUGCCGGCCACCAGUGCCUGGUUUAAAUAAUUGUGUUCUAAAUCAGUUCUCGGUUGUGUACAAAUGAUACUAAAUGCAGUGGACCAAAUUCUAUAGAAAAAAAAAAAAAGUAUUUUCUACUUUAGUCUCUAUUUUUUUUUUUUUUUUUUUAAUGUAACUGAACUUUUUUGCAUUUUGGAUAGCUUAUAUAUAUCUAUAUAUACCGGCUUAGCAGGAAACACUUUAGUAGAGGUAGAGAAAGUGCCUAAAUAUUUUUAAUAUUGUAUUAAUAUAUAUAUAUUGUGACUUGCACAUAAUCAUGUAGCGUAAUGAAUUACUGUAGCAGAGUAUUUAUUUACAAUUCAUAUUUUAUGCUUUAUGUAGACUUAAUGACAGUUUAUUCUAAUAAUAAAUUAUUUUGUAACUCCGUAUUGGAACCAUGUAUGAUGCUGUUGCCGUAUUGUAUUGUUGAUUGUAUAAAUGACUGUGCAAAAACAAUUCAGACUAAAAUAUAAUAUGGAAAAUGUAAA